CUAAACAGUAAUACUAUUAUUGUAUUAUUUAUGUUUAUUAAUUCAUCCAUUUAUUUAUUUAAGAUGUUUGUUGAACGAUCUUGCUAUGCGUUUUGGCGCUAUGGUUUUCAAUUCAGCUUAUCCCCGGUACGCGCCAGUGUUGAUCGGUAACCAUCCCGUUUCUCAGGUCAAAAUAUUUACAAAAUUACUUGUAAAUAUUUGAUGCCAUCAUCCUAUGCUUCGAUUCUCUAAUUAUAAAAACAUCUGCCUUUGUGCAGCAAUAGCGCAUUUCCGUAAACUUUACAUUUGUUUAUUCCUACACCAAUUUGCCCAUUUUUAGUAAAACUAUAUUUUCUGUUUAUUAGUAUGCGAUUGAAGCAGACGAGACUCUCGAACAUAAUUGUUUUGAAUUUAAAAUAGACCAAGCCCCCCAUAAGUAUGCUGUUUAGCAGACGCUUAUAGUGUGUGUGACAAUGUCGCGAGUAUCUUUAAGAGCGGCUGCUAAGCAGACUAACUCACUGGCAGAUUGAAUGAAUUAAAUAAACCAAAAUCCGAACUUUCGGCUUUCCUUGUGCUUUCUCUUCGAAGACGUAAAGGAGAUGCAGAAUUGUUAAGUAAUUAAAACAAGACGAUAGAUUCAAUUAAGUAGAUAUAAACGAUUGGCUAAAGCAACUCAAAUAUUUAUUGGUUAUCACCAGUUAGACAACUUUAGAAAAAAGAACUAAACCGCAUUGACAGUGGCAGGUCUGAGGGCAGAUGUUUGUGAGGAGAAAACGCUACAAGAUACCACUCAAAGAGAGCGGAGUCCACGGUUAAAUAGCAUUGAAAGAUGGCGGAGAACGAUGCGAAAGAGAGCGCGGAAAAGAAAGGGAAAGCUGUUCUAGUCGCUGUAGACCAGAAAUCACAUAGCAAAUUCGCUUACGAGUACUAUUGCCAGAAUAUUCACAAGCCCGGCGAUGAUCUUACGAUAUACUACUGUCACAAACCUCUGGAUGAGCCCGCUGACCCAUAUACAAGGGGAUCGUUUGACUUCAAGCAAAAGAAGAAGCAUCACGAGGAGGAAAGAGAUCAAAUGAUCAAAAUCUACACUGGCGAGUGCAAGAAAAGAGGGAUCAGUGCGCACAUUAAAGUUGACGAGAAGCACAAGAAGGCGGGCGAGGGAAUACUUGACUGCGCAAUAAUGAACAGUGCCGACAUGAUAGUGUUGGGCUGUCACAAGGAACUCAGCUCAAUACGACGUCAUCUCUUGGGCGGAGUCAGCGAUCAUGUGAUGCACCAAGCCAAGGUCCCUAUCCUGAUUGUCCACGAGGGAGGAUGUGACGCAAGCAAAGAUAACCCUCACAAGAGGGUAAUGCUUGCAGUUGACGGCAAACUACACAGCAAGAACGCUUUCAAAUAUUACUGUGAUAACAUCCGUAAGGACGACGAUGAGGUCUAUUUGUACUUCUGCCACAAGCAUCUUGAAGAGCCGGCAGAUCCUUACGCCAAAGCCUCGGAGGAAUUCAAGGUGAAGAAACGACAACACGAAGAUGAAAGGAACGCGGUGAUUGACUCGUACAAGGCGGAGUGCAAGGACAGACAGAUAAGUGCACAUAUCAAAGUUGAUGAAAAACACCGAAAAACCGGUGAAGGCAUUUGCGAGCACGCCACGACGAACAACGCUGACAUGCUAGUUAUGGGUUCUCGCGGGCUCAGCUCUAUCCGCCGUUACCUUUUAGGGGGUACCAGCGAUCACGUGCUUCAUCACGUGAAGACACCGCUGCUCAUUAUACCCGAGCCUUGAAAGUCACGUGGUUUUCCUGUGACUCCCAUGUUGCUUCUUCAAAUAGAAACAAGCUAUUAAAGAAUUUAUUUUUAGUGCAAACACCAAUAGUAUAAUCAGGUGCGGCUCCAGGAUUUCAAAAUGGGGGGUAGAUAAUGGCCGGAUAAACGGCUUAUAACUGAUCCAGUGCUUCUUGGUAGAAGGUUGGGUCACAUAGAUCUCAGAUGUUUACUUAAAAAGGGGGGUAGAUAUACAUCCAAUCCCCCCUUUUUAAGUAAACGCCCCUGAUAAUCAGCCGUCGUUUUGUAAUCCUAGAAAAAUACCGAAAUGGAUGCGAAAAAGCAUCCUUUGCCAUCGGCUGAUUUGGCAAGGCUAUUGCGCUAAUUUGGACAAUAAACCCUAAAGAUUUUAUUUCAGCUGGUCAUUCUGAUUUCCUCUCAAUAUCAUCUCAAGACGUGUGGCUUGCUAUGCCUUCGAGAAGAUACCCGCGUGUUCAGCUGCGCACAGUUUUACGGUGGGCUGAAAGAUUUGUCGACGGUUUAUUUUAUAGAUACAAGCGGGUGGCAAAGAGAGGAAUUAAAGCUUACCGCGCAAGGAAUGCUGGGCCUUUUUGCACAAGAUACAAACAUUAAUUAUAUUCCUUUAUGUUUCUUUAUUGAUUAAAAACAAUGUCAAUAUUUAA